UUCUUUUCCUAAACAAGGCCACCAAGCAGUUUUUGGAAGAGAUCAACAAGUGGACGGUCCAAUACAAUGUCUCUCCGCUCUCCUGGAACGUGGCCGUCAAGUUCCUCAUGGCCAGGAAGUUCGACGUCCUCCGAGCGAUCGAGCUUUUCCACUCCUAUCGGGAAACCAGGCUGAAGGAAGGGAUUGUGAAGUUGAAGCCCCACGAGGAGCCCCUCCGAUCGGAGCUGCUGAGCGGCAAGUUCACCAUCCUGGUGAGUCAGGCAUUGCCUUGGGCUCUUACAGGCUGCUCAAAACUGGAGAGCGCUUUGGUGCCUUUAAUUAAGUUUGCCAUGGGCAACAUUGGAAAGGGCUUUGGUUCUUUUCAUUAAAUUUU